CCUCGGCUUUGGCGUUUUCUGCGUAUCUUUACGACAACUUGGCAACGUCAGGACGCUUCUUGUACGUUUUUUACUCAACCUUAAAUUUUGUUUCAAUUCCGAUUUUGAGAACAGCAAAUUCAAUUCGAAUCGGACUACAUCUUUUUGAUCAAGUACCCACUGUAAAAUCACUUAAGACAAUAUGUCGAUCGGUGUUCCAAUCAAAGUGCUCCAUGAAGCUGAAGGACACAUUAUCACCUGUGAAACGAAUACCGGAGAAAUUUACCGGGGAAAAUUGGUCGAAGCCGAAGAUAAUAUGAACUGUCAAAUGACAAACAUAACCGUAACUUACAGGGAUGGUCGAGUUGCCCAACUGGAAAAUGUUUACAUCCGCAGGGUGCAAAAGCUGCAAGUUCUGGACCUGCCUCAGGAAGAGGAAAAUCAGCCAUUCUUAGAGCACAAGCUGCACGUGGAAGAGGAAGAGCUAGAGGAGGAAGUUCAAGAGGCUGGACACCUGGAGAUCAACCUUCAGGACUUAAAAGUAACUGUUGCCCCAUCGGGUGGACCUAUCGCAGUGGUCAGGGACGAUACGAAGUUAACGCCUGUUCAAACUUCAGGAAAACCUAUAAUUUUCAUUUUUUCACCUUCAGGAGAAUUAAAAUCAACAAUCAAAUGGAGUGGUGGAAAAAUUGUGGAAAUCAAUUGGUCUUCUUCAGAAGAGCUUCUUUGCAUUCAGGAUGAUGGCAGUGUAUCUGCUUAUGACAUAUUUGGAAACUACCAAAAUUCAUUCCAAAUGGGUCAAGAAGCUAGAGAAAUGAAAAUUAUUGAUGCUAGGACUUUUCCCUCUUCCACGGGUACAGGUCUGGUAGUAUUGACCACAAACUUCAGAUUUUUUGUUGUAAACAACAUAAAAGACCCAAGAAUCAGGCGGUUUCCAGACAUUCCAGGUGUUAAUAUUGCCCCUAGCUGCUGGACAGCAAUACAUGGUGAUGAUAGGCAGACACGAGUUAUAGUAGCCAAAGAGAAAGACAUUUAUCUCCUUGAUUACAGUGAGCAGCAUGUAGCCCAAAAGAUUCCCGAAAUAUCUCACCAUCACCUCUCUAUAAUUGCUAUGGCCGUAUCGCCGUGCAGCAAACUAGUUGCAUUGUUAACCGAUGCCGGUGUGAUAUGGAUCGGUGCGUUUGAUUUUCGAAGAAAGUUCUGCGAACAUGAUGCCCAGUGUAUGUUACCAGCCGUGCAAUUGGUUUGGUGUGGAUCGGGUGCAGUAGUUUUGAAUCUGGGAUCUGUCCUGUUAGUUCUCUCACCCAACAGGGAUAACUUCACCUUAAUUUUGGACUCCACUAGUCAUGUUUGUCCGGAAGUAGAUGGACUGCGCAUUAUUACCAAUAGUAGCCAUGAAUUUCUGCAAAAAGUUCCACUACCGAAUCAAGAAAUAUUCAGAAUCGGAUCGAUGUCCCCCGGUGCAAUUCUCGUCGAGGCAUCAAGAGAAUUUCAGAAGCGCAGUCAUCGAGCUGAAGAGUACAUUCGGCUAGUGAAGAAUCAAUUAGAAUUGGCCGUGACCCAAUGUAUUCAGGCGGCUGGGAACGAGUGGCAGCCUACCGUUCAAAAGGUGCUGCUUCGAGCCGCUCAGCUGGGAAAAAGCUUCCUGUUUGACAAAGUCGACUCGGAGUUAUUUGUCGGCAUUUGCCAGACUUUACGGAUACUGAACGCUGUUCGCAAUUAUAAAAUAGCAUUACCGCUGACUUUUCAACAAUACGAGCAACUGGGAAAGACAGGCCUACUAAAUCGUCUUAUUCUUCGUCGCCAAUACACCGUAGCCAUUCAGAUCUGUCAGUUCCUACAAAUGUCAGAGGCUGAUGGCAUACCACGCGUGUUAACAGAAUGGGCGUGCUACAAGAUUAAGCAUGGUCUGGGAAAACUGGAUGCAGAACAGCUAGCGAGUGAAAUAUCUGCGAAGCUUGGCACUGGUUCUAAAGUUUCGUACAGCAGUAUUGCACUCAAGGCAAUCGAAUGUAAACAAGAAAAAUUAGCAAUCAGGUUAUUGGAUUUCGAACACCGGGCUUCAGAGCAAAUUCCAUUGCUCCUCAAACUGGGCCAAGAACCUCAGGCUCUGGCCAAAGCUGUGGAGAGUGGUGAUCCAAAUCUUAUCUACUAUGUGCUAGUCGUUAUGAAGGAAACCUAUUCUGCUGACAAAUUUUACAUGACCAUUCGUCAUUAUCCGUCUGUGAAUGCACUUUAUGCAAAAUUGUGCCGCACCAUUCAGAUGGGCUCGCUGGAACAGAUUUACGAACAAGAAGACAAUUUCAAUGCCCAAGCAAUUCUCAGUGUUAAAGACAGCUAUCGCGCCCAGAAACUUGAGAACAGGUCAGCGAUGCUAACAACUGCUGUGAAGCAGUACCGACAAGCUAAAGCGGAGAUAGCUGCUAGUCUGACAGAAGAUCAGCUCAAAUUGCUGAAGACCCAAUCAGGUUACGAAUCGAAAUUUGGCUGUCCGGCAAUUGAUGUUUCAUUGAAUGAUACACUUAAAUUACUCAUGCGGCGAAGAGAUAUAAAAGAAACCGAAGAAAUGGUUAAGAAAUUCAAAGUUCCUGAACGACGAUUGUGGUGGCUAAAAGUAACAACUUUCGCUGAAAUCGGAGACUGGGCCGAAUUAGAGAAGCUCAGCCGACUAAAAAAAUCUCCAAUAGGAUACGAGCCAUUCGUCGACGUUUGUCUACAGUACAACAACAUCACUGAAGCGCAGCGCUAUUUACCGAAAGUGGAAGAGCAUCUUUCCAUCAAAUAUUAUGUAAAAGCCAAGCUGUAUACAGAGGCUGCUCAAAUCGCCUUUCAGCGCAGAGAUACGGAAGCAUUGCAUUACGUUCAAUCUCGUUGUUCGUCCAAUCGUGAUGUGGUCGACAUGAUUAAUUCCUUAAUCGCCAAAUUGGCUAAUCCUUCAGAAAGCCAAAACAAACGUUAGGUCGCUGUUUCAUCCCAUUGCGCUGUCGUGUUUUGAUACUACGUUUUUGCACGGCCA